CAUGUUUCGCGCGUGCCCGCGCGGUGUCAUGAACGCGCAGAAGCAGCAAUGGCCGCUGUGGAUCGGCCAAAUCCUAAUCUCGACGAUUUUGUCGGAUUAAACUGGAGUUGUUGGGUAGAUGGAGUAAAUAUUUUUCCAUCUGACGCUAGUUCUAAUAAUGAAGACAGCAGCAAGCAUGAGGACCAGCUUGAAACCAUGACCCUCAUGAAAGAAGACAUGCACAUAUAUGGUCACUGUCCAGCUCACGAUGAUAUAUACCUGGUGGUGUGCAGUCACUGUGGGCAGGUGGUGAAGCCUCAAGCCUUUGAGAAGCACUGCGAAAGGCGGCAUGGUCUUCUCACUAACAUGUGUGGCCCUCCAUCUGAUUUGGCCUCUCAGCCUCAACCUUGCCCUGGCCACUCUACUUCCGAUCUUUCCGUCUCUACCAAGAAGCAGACAGAUGCAAGUGCCUGCAUCUCAAAACCAUUUCCAGUCCAACGAAACAGACCUACCAAGGACAAAGAGAGUUCUUCUCAAGUAGAGAAAUCCCCUCAGGAGACCCCUCCUCCCCUCCAUCUUCACUCCCCCUCCAAGCCUCGCCCUAGGGUUCCCCCUUGGCACACAGGACCUCUGCCCCCUGGCCACUGUCCCCCCUCCACAUCUCCGCCAGAGAAACUCUCUACACAGAAGCCCACAGCUGGACAGUCCAGUCAGACUCAGAGUCCUCUGCGGGGAACAAGAACCUACAGCCAGAUUUACCAAAACAGCCAUGACCGAUUCUAUCCACUGCAGAAGAAAACAUCAGAGAAUCCAAGAGCUUCCUCUGCAGGACAAAGUAUGGAGCAGCUCUCUGUGAAAACAAAGGACAAACCGCAACAUUUGAAAGAAAAAACAACUCAGGGCAGUAAAUACAAGCUCAACAGCAGCUGUCACAUUUUCAGGGGUCCAUCAGAAAGUUUCCCUGGGGAAGAAGGAGACGGCACAAUGGAGGUGGAGGUGCAGCCUCCUUAUCCCUUCAAUCAAACUCUGCCCUCAAGUGAUGAGGAUGAAGCUGACGAUCAGGAGGAAGCCACAGACCUGCCUGCCACACCCUGGCAUCCCAAACCUCUAGGGCUUUGCACUUUUGGAUGCCGCACUUUGGGUUGCAGCAUCUUCACUUUCGACAGGCGAUGGCACCACGUGCAGUUUGCCCUCAGUGCUAUGUUGGAGCACCAUGUCAGCACACACCUGUGGAAGAAAAUGCCUCAAGUAUCAUCAGGUCUUGGUGCAUGUCAUCACGCCCCUCUAACUGCAGGAUCACCUGUCAGGACUGGCACCAGACUCCCCAAAUCCUCACACACCCUCAGGCUCGAUUCUACCUCACUGGUAACCAAAAGCAGUGAGAACUUUGCUAAUAGGACCAAACAGCCUUCAACCACCCCUGCCACUCGUAGUCCUGGCCAUCCCUGCAGCAGUCCUCUUGGGCGACACAGCAAGGCUCAGCUGAGGGGGGCGGAGCUAACGCAUGAUACAAACAGCAAAGACAAGUCCUCAAAAUUCAUCAGGGAUCAUGAGAAGGACCAGCCACACGUCCCCUCCCCUAAAAGACAAGUAAACGGUUCCUUCUCACAUGUAAAGAAGUCAUGUCCUCCUCUUCAAUCUCCCAGCAGCAGAAGGAAGCCCCCAGGGAUUCAGCAGAAGGUGAUGGACUGUGACCGCAUCGGUCCUGCCCAAAAGCAGAAAGGCAGUAAAGAGUCAAAGCCCCAUAGCUCGCCAAUUUCCAGAACUUCCAAGUGUCAGCGCUUGUCCUCACCUCCCCGCUCCAACAUCCUCGCAUUGAAGGGAGAGAGUAACAGAAAUGUGCUUGCUUGGGGCCGGGAGAGAAGAUCCGACUGCUGAAGACUUGAGUCGGCUAGCAGGCCACAGCACACAGAAGGAUGCAUACUAUCACAGUGUUUUUGAAGAUGUUGAUCCUUCCCUUUACAAGACAAGAAUGACACAACACAGUUUCUUGAUCUUCACCUUAUUGUCAGUGGUUAUUUUUUUUUACAGCAGUGAAUAAAUGACAGUUGUUGUUUACCUCUCAUCUUCACAGCUUACAAAGAGGCUGGCCUUGGAAAAACAUCUUGGAGACGAGGCCGUCUGCAGACUACAGCUGUUGGCAGCUGAGUGUGAAUGAGUGUGGUGUGUGUGUAUGUUUCUGUUCACAUUUGAUUGUUGUUAUAUUCUUAUGCACAGACAUCAGGAAUAAAUAUUUGUCUCUUUGGUACUGUAUGGAUGUUAUUUUGUAAAAAUGACUAUUUUUCUACAUGAAUAAAUGUUUCAGUUUAAAACCUGUGUAUAAAAUAAAAACAUACCUCACUCUUUUUAUUGUGCUGCUAAAAUUGAGCAAUUUCAUGGAGAGUUAAUAAAAAAGGUUUGAAUCCAUUUA